CUUAUCUAUGAUUUACCCACAUAACCUAUUAUUAUGUGCAUUAUGUGUGUGCGGUCGUACUUGUGUACUCUCUAUUUAUAUAUAAAAUUCACGUUUACGAGUUAAAAUGGAUAUUUACUUGCAGGAAAUAAUAGACCAAUUUAAUGAUAUAACAGGUACUCCAGAAAACUUUCUUAGUGUUCAUGAAGAAACUUGUAAUAAGGCCAAAAGUUUACUUAAAAAUAUUUACAAUUUUACAAAAGAUGUAGAAUUAAAAGCAGAAUAUCGAAAUAAUGCUUUGCCUAAGUUAAUGGUGGAUGCAGUAGACGUAGAACAAAUAUGGCAACAAGUUGAACUACAAAACUCAGAAAUUUUAAACGAAAACAAUAUUUUAAAUAUAAGCAAAUUGCUAUCGAACAGUGCUUCUUUAUUUCAUGACGCUUCUUUAGAAAACAAAACAAAGCAAGAUAUUAAUGAAGAACAAACGGACCAAGAAACUGAUGAAAAUGAUGAAGAAGACAGUGAAAGUGAUUCUGUAAUAAAUAUUAUAAAAAAAAGUGAGCCAGAAAAGUUAAAUGUAAAUAAUAAAUCUGCUAAUAAGAAAACUGAAGAAAUAAGCAAAGAAAGUGAUGAAGAAGAAAAUAAUAGUACUGAAAGCAGUAAUGAUGAAUUUGCAAUGUCUAGUGAUCAUGAAGAUUUAUCAGCAAAGUUAAAUGAAGAAUCAGGUGAAGAAAAUGAAGAAAGAUUUGAUGAAAAUAAGCCUGAAGUAAAUAAAAACGAAAAACAUUUUAAAAAGAAAUCAGUAGUAGAUGAUGAUUUCUUUAAAUUAGAUGAAAUGGAAAACUUUUUGAAUUCAGAAGAACAAAAAAUCAAUAAAUGUAAAACUCUCAGUGGUAAUGAUGAAUAUGAUAGUACUUCAGAUCAAGAGAGUAUAGACCUCUUCAAAACUGAAGGGCCUGAAGAAUUAGAAGAUGAAGAAAAUCUACAUUUAAAAAAUCCACGAUUUAAAGAUUUCUUUAAAAAACAAGACAAAGAACCAAGAAAAGAGAAAAGAAAUAAAUUUUUAAAAGAUUUGGAUGAAAAUGUACUAGAGGAAAAUGGUCGCAGUGAAAAGAUACAAAAGUCGAAAUAUGAAGAAAGGGAUGAAAAGUUAAAGGAAAAAAUUAAAGAAAUUGAGGAAAAAGCUCUACAUGAAAAACCAUGGACAAUGAAAGGAGAAAUAAGCGCUGAAAAAAGACCUCUUAACUCUUUACUGGAAGAAGUUGUAGAAUUCGACCAUGUCUCUAGACCAGCUCCGAUUAUUACUGAAGAAGCAGCACAAAUGCUAGAAGAUGUAAUUAUGCAGAGAAUAAAAGAUAAAGCUUUUGAUGACGUUGAAAGAAAAAAGCGUCUCAUUGAGACUCCAUUAGAAUACAAGAAAAAAUUGGUAUUGGAACAGGAAAAAAGUAAAGAGUCCCUGGCGCAAAUUUAUGAAAAAGAAUAUUUGCAACAACUAGAAGCUUUAACUGCUGAUCCUCUUAAAAAUGAAGAAGAACCUGAAUUACAUAAGGAAAUAAAGAGCAUGCGACAAAUAUUGUUUACACAAUUAGACUCUUUAUCUAACUUCCAUUUCACGCCCAAAUCUGCCGCUCCUGAACUUAAAAUUGUUACGAAUUUGCCUGCCAUUAGUAUGGAAGAAGUAGCACCCGUCGCUGCAAGCGACGCUGCACUAUUAGCGCCAGAAGAAGUAAAACGUAAACAAAGGGGAGACUUCAAGAGUAAAGAAGAAAGAACAGCAACCGACAAGAAACGAGAGAGACGCAAAAAGAAGCUAAAACAAAAAAUACAUGCACAAGAAAAGGAUAAACGGAAAGCAUUAUCUAAACAAAACAUAAAACCUAAUAAAACUAAUAAACAGAAAAAAGGAAAUAAAAAUGCAAUAAAAAGCCAGAAUGUAGCUAAGAUGAACGAGUCACUUUCCGAAUUAAAAUCUGUUAAAUCAUCUCAAGCAUUUUUUGACAAACUUCAAGAUCAAAUAAAAACACAAAUUAAUGGAAAAAUAAAAGGAAAACGGUCCCAGAAAACGAAACAAAAUUUUGACGCUAAAAGAAUAAAACUGUAAUAUUUUUAUAGUUUAUGUAAUAAUUACCCUUCGUUAUGAAGAAUGAAUUUUGUAUUUUAUGUUUAAUAGAGAAAAUAUUUUAUAA